GACGCUUGCGCAGUAGUCCCGUGAGGAGGCGCUCACGCAGUGAAUGUUUGGUGUGCGUUGCCGUGGUGCGGGUUGCCGAAGUGAGUUCGAAACUUGUAAUUUUUUUUUCUUUUUGUGUACGUCUUCGUCAUUGGUCAUGGAAGUGCCAUUGGAUACAGGAGGUUAAAUCGCAACAAUAGUGAAGUGUGGAUUGUUUGAUUAUGUAUGAAAGUGGUUUUUUGUUGUGAUGGAGUUUAACAAGUGACGUAAACAGGUUUUUCGCAGUGUUGUUUGUCAGACCUUCGCCUGGAUUUUCGUUUCAUUGCUUCGCAUAUUGUCGCUUCAGUAAACAAAAAGAUGAACGGCGGCGUCGUGUCGGAGGCUGCGGCCAAGAAGCAGCAGGAGCGAGAGACGCUGCGCAGCGUGAUCCAGCAGUGGAACGCCAACCGGCUGGACCUUUUCGAGCUGUCUGAGCCCAACGAGGACCUGGAGUUCCACGGGGUGAUGCGGUUCUACUUCCAGGAUUCUGGGCAGAAGGUAGCCACAAAGUGCAUCCGUGUCGCAUCCGAUGCCACCACGCAGGCCGUCAUCGAGACCCUGGUCGAGAAGUUCCGGCCAGAUAUGCGCAUGCUCUCUGUUCCUGAGUAUGCGCUUUAUGAGAUCCAUGAGAAUGGAGAAGAGAGGAGGUUGGGAAUGGAUGAGAAACCUCUGUUGGUACAACUCAACUGGCACAUCGAUGACAGAGAAGGCCGAUUCCUCCUCAGAAGAAUUGAUGACAAAACAAAUGUACCUGCUGUGGGCUUCCAGGAGGGUGGUUCGAGCUUCAGGCGGAAGCUCUCAAAACGUGAGAAAAAGCAGCUCAAGAAACAAGAGAAACUCAACAAGCUUAAGGCUGCUGCUCCUGCUGCCACAAAGGAAGUAAAUGAUGGAGGAGUGGCUGAGAAAUUAUACACAGAACUCCCAGAAACGAGCUUCACUCGAUCAAUCUCGAACCCAGAGGCCGUCAUGAGGAGAAGACGGCAGCAGAAGCUAGAGCGUAAACUUCAGCAGUUUCGUAGCAAGGAUGGAGGGCCUGACACGGGUGGAACACUGAAGAUCUAUGGAGAGAGCUUGUGUCGUGAUGUACCUUACAAGACCCUUUUGCUGUCUGUCCGUGACACUGCGCAGCAGGUUGUGCGAGAGAUGCUAGAGAAAUAUGGACUUGAGAAGGAAGCGGACCCAUCGAAUUAUUGUCUUGUUCAGGUGAAUACAGCAACCCCAGCUGAUGCAGGCGAGAGCAAAGAAUAUCAUGGAGGAACCAACAACAGAGAAUACAUCUUGGAUGACGAUGAAUGUCCACUUGCUAUAUUGAUGAACCAUCCAGCAUCGAGGGGCUCCAUCAUGUUCCACGUGCGCCGGCGGCCUGCGGACUACCACCCCCGCAAGCGCAAGAAGAAGCCGCUGCAGAAGUGGAACAAGGGCAGCGAGCUCAGCGACUACCGCUACGAGGAGGGCUACGACCGCCUGCCCUUCUUCCUCGAGCUGAACCCAGAUGGGUCUGAUGUGGUGAGUGGGGUCCCGAAGCGCCACCGCCUGCAACCCAAUGUGACGGAGGUAGGCAGUGAGCGGCCAGCAGGGCCUGCUGGGCAGCAGGCGCAGUCGUUACAGCUGUUUGGACCCAACAUCAGGCCGCGACACUGUGUUGUCGCCCAUACUGAGGGCAUCGUCACUGUCACCCCGUGUUCUCGGGAUGCCGAGACCUACGUUAACAACCAGCGCAUCUACGAGACAACUAUCCUGCAGCAUGGUUCAGUCGUGAAGUUUGGCCGUAUUCACAGCUUUAGGUUUAUCGAUCCUUCUCACGAUGACAGGACGAGGCAGCGGCAUGACAGUGCUCGGCAGGCACUUGACUAUUCGUAUGAUCGUCAGUCUUCCCGAGGUGACGACGCUGUUAGCCACGGUGGUGCCUCCACACCGGCACAUAGUGGUGGAGGCCAGAAUGGUUCCCCUCCACAGAACUAUGAGACGACGUUCGAUGUGGAUGGUAACGUUGAAACUGUGUCUACAUCUAGUCUGGGUAACAAAGAGGAAACACGUUCACAGAGGUCUGUUGGAAGCAGUAAUGGUAACAGGCUAUCAAACUACGAGCGGUAUCCAAGAGGAUCGGAUCCAAUUUUACCUGCAGUGCUGGAGUUCAGGGAGGAGACGGAGGACGACUUCUUACAUGCAGUGAUAACAAGCCUUGACCCUUCAGGCCCACAUUUCAAACUGGCACCCACGUAUACCUUGUACUUAGUUGCAAGGUACCGUGCCUCUACCCACUACAGGCCUGAGUUGACACCCACAGAAAGGGCACACAGGCUCACAAUGCUUCUUGCCAGGGUUUCCGCCAUGAUCCAUAAUGUCAUACAGGAGAGGUACAAUGAUGCCAAGUCGUUAGCAUUCUGGAUGGCAAACUCAUCAGAACUGCUGCAUUUCCUAAAGUCUGAUAGACAUAUCUCGGCAUUCUCACUAGAUGCUCAGGACAUACUGGCAGAGUGUGUUCAAAGUGCAUUCAGGAACCUUGUAACAUGUCUGCAGAAUGAUUUGGCAAGUGUCAUGCCAAGUUUUAUGUCAGAAAGUGAUGAAUCCAGUCUCGAGGAGGAUGGAGCUGCAUACCAAAAGGUCCUACAAGUCUUGGCAUCCGCAAUGGAGUUGUUGAGGAGAUGUAGAGUGAAUGCAGCUCUGACCAUCCAGCUGUUCUCACAACUGUUCUACUACGUGAAUACCUGGUCCUUCAAUGCUGUAGUGACGGGCUCCGGUUACUGCAGCCGCGAGUGGGGUCUGAGGUUGAAGUCGCGGCUGGCACAGCUAGAAGUGUGGGCCGAGCGACAGGGGUUGGAACUUGCUGCAGACUGCCAUCUCGCUCGAAUAAUUCAAGCUGCUCAUUUGUUGCAGGCACCUAAGUACAAUGCCGAGGAUCUCAGUGCACUAGUCUCUACUUGUUUCAAACUGAACUCAUUGCAGAUGAGAGCAUUACUCAGUAAAUAUCAGCCUGCUCCAGAUGAACCACGUUUGACGCCAGAACUAAUUGAAAAUUGUGUCAGGAAAGCAGAAAGUAAUGCUGAUGAACUGGUGCGCCAGGACGGACGUGAAAUCCAGUUGGAAGAAGAACCUGAACUGAGAUUUGCUUUUUUACUACCAGAGGAUGGCUACAGCUGUGAUGUUGUUCGCGGGCUUCCACAAGGCUUGACGGACUUCUUGGCACCACUCCAGCAAGCUGGUCUUUGUAGGCUGACACCACAGCCAACUUCUGGUGGCCUGUGGACCAUAUAUAUGGGGUCCACACCACACCAUGACCAUGCUGGAGCAAGAAGUCCAAGUGCUCUCAGCAAUCGUUCUGGAGGUUACCCUGCUCAUGCACAGCCGCAACAUCCUCUGCCAGAACCUGAGAUAAAAGUCAUCAAACUGAAUAAGUCAAACAAUGGAAUGGGCCUCAGCAUUGUAGCUGCAAAGGGAGCCGGACAGGAUCGUCUAGGCAUCUACAUCAAAUCUGUUGUGAAAGGAGGAGCAGCUGAUGCUGAUGGUCAGUUGCAGGCUGGAGACCAAUUGCUGAAAGUUGAUGGACAGAGCCUGGUUGGAAUCACACAAGAGAAGGCCGCUGAAUAUUUGGUACGUACUGGUCCCACCGUUACACUGGAGGUGGCAAAACAGGGAGCCAUUUACCAUGGUCUGGCUACAUUGCUCCAACAGCCAUCACCAGUCAUGGGCAGAGCGACAGCUGGGCCCUCUUCUGCCCCUCGGCCCCGACCAAAAUCUGAACUGGUGACGUCAGCCCAUCCCCUGCACAAGCCACCAGCAGAUCCCCCGUCAGCAUCGUCUGUGAUGCACUUGCCGUCAUCGGUGUCGUACCAGGAACGUCUCGUCGAAUGGAGCAACACAGGUGGGGUGCCGGGGUGUCGGAGGCCGUACAAUGAGUGUUACGUUGGAGCCACGUGUCCUGCUACAGGCGUGCUCUGUGGAAGGAUGUUAGGCAGUGAUUCAGUACGCAGCAUUGUUGACCGUCGAAUGGGGAAUUUUCCCGUGGUACCUACAGUUGUUGUCGAAGCUGAAGAUGGUUCGGUGUCAUCCGUAAUUUCAGAUGACGCAUGUUCUGAUGUGUGCUGUUCACAGUCAUCAUUCUGCACCCCUUCUGACAUGUUAGGUGCUGUGGGUGGUUUCACAUGUCAUUCAUGUGAAAAGAACACUAUUACUGCCCCACAUAAUCAUAGGAGGACAGAACUUGAUGAAGAGGAGAAGUUGAAAAUUAUUGAAGAUGUUGAUAAAAUUUUGUUGGAUAUUGAAAAUAAAGCUCCACCUAUAGUAUGUUCCCCUCCAGAGCUAUUUACUAGUGAUGGUAAUCUGGAAAGUGUGGACCAUAAAAUUAAUUUUAGUACAAUGGAAGAUGUGUCAGUAAACGCAGACAGUGAUGAUAGCAAGUGCUGGAAGUCACCAGAUGAAGUACGUCUGGGCGAGGGUAGAGUUGCUGCUCUCGCAAAACAUUUUUCCCAGAUGGGUGAACGUGGACUCAUUCGUCCAGGAAAGCGUAUUUGUAAAUCUGUUCCCAAUUUAUCAGGAAGACCCCAUUGGGGUACAGUAUACCGAACACCGGGUAACACACUUGUGUAUCGACUCGGAUCUAGUCUGGAGACAAUUUCGUCACCACUUGGUCAACAAGACAAAGUAGUGAAGCCUAUGCCAUUCAGAAAUAUUAGACCACUGUCUCCACUCAGGUGGAGUAAAAGUGAGAGUUACCUACUAGCAGCAAAACGUGUAAGAAGAAAGGCGUACACCACAAGGAAACUUCAGUGUGAAGAAAAUGUAAGUGCCAGUAAAACUCGUAGGAAGUGUUCUGGUCAGAGGAGAGGCUGUUGCAGAUUGAAUAAUAGAAGCAAAAGUGAAAGUGACGUACAUAAAACCAAUAUCCAUGAGUCGUGGGAACACACAGACAGUGUAGAGAAUUUAUUACAAUUCCCAAACUUAGCAACAAAAACUACACAGACAUCUCCAAGGUAUCACGAAAGCUGCCACACAGUGUGCAUUCGUAGGAAAAGUGAUGGCGAAAUCUGUCACUAUAAAAAGGAUAUUGAAAGCCGUUCUGCAAGUGCUGAUGAUUUACUGAAAACUGUUCAUUUUGCCACAAAGGUCACUCAGACCUCUCCUUGUGUGAGAAGAGGGUGCCCAGACCAGAAACAACGCAGCUGGGAGCGACCUUGCAGUGAGGACAACUUGCUGGCUAUGGGGAAGCUGAGAUCAGGUCGCUGUGACAGACCACGACGAAUGAGCGAACGUGAUCUGCCAUCGAGAAUCAUGAAUGACCAAAGUCACACGAUUGAUCCCAGAAGAAAUGUAAUGCCUCAUGCUCCAAUUCAGAGUUCAAAAUCAGUACCUUCUCUUAACAGUGGUAACGGAGACAUAAGUGCAGGGAGAACGCAGGCAGUAGGGCAGCAUGAGGUAUUCAACCCUGGUUAUAGUCGCACUUCUUCAACCAACAGUAUACCACAAAAGUCGUAUGAGGGACCUCCGCACCAGCACAUACCACCACAACACCAGCCAACUGUGAAUGGACCUACUGCCCUCAGGUCAAAAUCUAGUCAGAAUUUGAGUGACACUCGCACCCUGCCACCAUCUGUACCCGUUUCCCGGCAGGCAUCAAAUCCUGCACUUCAUGCCCAUCAGGUGGCACAACCACAACAGCAGAAUGCUCCCCAGCAUGGUGUUGGUGGAGAAAGUGAACGAUUCUACCAAAACCUCAGCAUCUAUCGUAACCAAGAGGUGCACAAUGGAGGCUACCCUCCCUCGAGUCCCAUUCGUGGAAGUGGUCCUCCAGGACAAGGUGGGAAGAUGCCAAGUCCACAAGGUCACUACCAUGAUGCACCACAUCCAGCUUAUACUGACAGGAGUCCACCACAUCCACAGAAGACUGGAUUACGUGGGUCACAGUCGUCCCUGCAUCGGACACCUGAAAUGCCAGUGAAUGCUAGGGAUCUCAGAGACCGGCCCACAUCUGCGUACAUUCCACAGAAAGACCCAUAUGGCAGCCCACAGCAUGCCCAGGGAAUGACAGCAAGAUCUCAAUCUACAAGAGACAUGUUGCGCCAGGAAGCAAAAUUGCAUGAGAUGCAGGAAGAAGUCAGAAGGCGUGAAAUGCGAGGCAUUACUUCUCCACAACUUCACCAUCCACCACAUCUGACUCGUCCACAAAUGCUGCCAAAUAUGCCUCGUGUACCAAACACAACCUACAAUUAUCCAUCAUCACCACAGCAGCAAGUACUGGAACAGGGUUACCUCCACUCUCAUCACCCAAUGUCGCCUACUUCUCCGACAUACAGACCGGGUUAUGCACCCCCUCCAACAGCACCCAAACCUUCACGCCAACCCUCAGAACUACCUCAGAUGAUGCCAGCUCAGUAUCACCACCAUCACCAUCACCAGCAGCAGGCACAACAAACUGAACAUGGGUUGUACCGUGAAAGUCCACCCCCUCCUCCACCACCUACCUCCACGCAUCCUCUUUACCAGGGUCAGCAGCAACACCCGCCAUCUCUGCAGCAGCAGCAGCAGCCGCAGCAACAGCAACAACAACAACAACAGGAUCACAGAUCUGUUAAUGAUAACAGAUAUGCUGCCAGCAUGGCUGAUCCUCCACGAGGUUCCUAUUACCCCUCAUCAACUGGCAAUACUAACCAACCACCACGUCAGUAUCAGUUCAGUGCAACUAAUCCAUGGGAACGAGAAGAACGUGAAAAGGAGAUGCAACGACGACGUGAAGCUGCUCGUAUGUGGCGGGACCAGCAAAUAGCAGAACUUUCAGCUCUGCCGCAGCGUACAGCACAGCAGGAGGAGCAGCUGCGCGCUCUGAAGCUUGAGAGGGAGUUCCAGCGCCGGGCUGAGGAGGCUGCCAAGCAGGAUGAAGAUGAGGAGGGUGAUGAAGACCAGGAGAGCAUCGAGCGUGUACAAGGCCUUCUGCGCAUGGCGACACUGCAAUCCGAUGCGAGUCCUAAGCCACCACAGCCAACAACGCAACCUUCACAAAACUCAUUGCCACCACGUCCCCCUGUUCAGCAGCAGCAGCAGCAACAACAACAACAGCAACAACAACAGCAGCAGCAGCAGCAGCAACAACAACAACAACAACAACAAGCUGCAGAUGAUAGUGUUGCAAGAGAACGAGCAAGACGUGAGCAAGAAGCAACUGCUGCACGUCGCAGGCAGGCGGAACUUGAACAGGAGGAGCGUGUGAGGGAAGCAACACAUCGCAGGGAAGAAGAACUGCGACAGAAACACAUGCAGCAGCAGCACCAGAUACAGCAGCAGCAGCAACAGCUACAGCAGCACCAGCAGGUGUCUCCACCUUUACGGCAGCCCACCAUGGCUCCCAAACCUGGCCCAUUGCGGCUAGAAAGCCUCACAAGCAAUGGUCCAGCUUCUCCACCAGGUGGUCGCUAUCGCCACUACAACGGAUACCCGCCGCCACCACCAGCAAAUGCUGGGCCGGGGGCGUCAUCUCCUAUGGGUGCUGUCACGGAGAACAGCACAGGUAGCAGUGGUGGUGCAGCACAGCGCCUAGAUUCCCUGCUUGCUUCACCUCCUCCGCCACAGCCACCUGAGAGGGGCUCUUCCUUUGCUGUCAUGUCGCAGCAGCAGAGUGUGCUACGGGCCACAGCUGGAGGACAGGCACAUGGCCACGUUUCCACACCUGUUUCUUCUCCUGUAGUCACGACGACCACAACAACUGUCAAGAGGGUAUCUUUCCACGAUCCGCCGCCCACUUCCUCUCCACCUGCCCCACCGAGCCAGCCACCGCCUCUUGACCAAAUUCGUGAAGAUCCCAAUCAUUUCAUAAAUGAAGCAGAAACAUUGUUGGCAUCACCAAAGAGUCCAGAAGGAGGCUCUUUCCCAAGCAACACGCCAGGUGUUAUAGGUGCUCAGGAAGUUUACAAGGAUCCUAGGGCACGAUUAUUGGCUGCUCAACAACAGCAAAAGAUGUCAACAAGGAUUGGCCAAGUACCAGAAAAGCUGAGCUUUAAGGAGAAGAUGAAGAUGUUUGCGAUGGAAACUGGUGAAGAUGGAACACCACGUGAUAAAGUAAAAAUAUCUAGAGCGCAAAGAGAAAUAGACAAUUUGGCAGCUGGCGCUAACACUCCUACAAGCAAUAACAAUGGCACUCCUAGUGCAUCUCAGUAAUGCUAUGAAAGGUGGAAGAGUGCUAAAUGAUAUUGGAGUGAACUGUGUUAAGUCGCAGAAAAGCCAGUCCUGUGUACAUUUAAAAAUUUUUCAAAGGCAUUUCUGUGUGUAAUGCGAAUAGCGUUUCUAGUGUUAAAACAAGUUCAAGCCCCCCAGUGGUAACAUUUCUAAGACUGAAAUGUGUGACAUAGUUGAAAAUAAUGAGGCCUUAAAGCAUUUUAUUUCAGUGUUACAGUUUUAUUCAAACAUACUCUUUAUGUAAUAAAUAUGCUUCAUUAUUUUCCUGCCAUAAAAUUUGAAGUAUUUUUACAGAAGACCUAAAAGGUUAAAUGAUAUAGACGGAUCUUUGUUUCUCUGUUAUUUUUAUCUAUAGUGCAACUUCUUGAAAAUGUUUUAUCUAUAAGAUUUUGCACUCUUACGUUUUAUGGUUAAGAAGGCUGCUGCUUCUUCAUCCCCACAUCCCAGAAGCAAAGCAGAUGUGUAUGCUUUGUUAACAGUGCAUUCUUUCAAAUCAUUCUUUAUUGUUUUUAAAGAUAAUAAUUGUUAUCUAGCAUGUUGUUACAGAGACAGUUAUAUGAGAAACAAGAAGCUGGAGGCAUUUGUAGGGACCAUAUUGUUGAUAUAUAACAAAGAAUUUUAAUUAAUUUUAUUCUGUUACUCAUGUCUAUUACCUGUUUGAAACCAUUAUUGCUAUAUGUGAAAUGAGUGAUGUACUCCUGCAUUAACAUGAGUUCGUGACUCAAAUAUCACCUUAAAAUGUUGCCCAAUGCUCUA